AUGGCUACCAUCGACAACGUCUCCGCCAUCGAGGACUGCGAGACCGCCAACCCCACCAUCAACUACGAGGACCCCCUUCUCUCCCUCCUCGGUGAGCCCCUCCCUGGAUACACUACCACAUUCAAGGCCCACUGCCCCAAAUGCGAACGCGUCGAAGACUUCCGCAUCGACCACAAGCCAGCCUCCGAGUUCGUCGGCCCUGCAGCUGAACACGGCACCAGCUUUGAGAUCACUUCUCUGUCGGACUCCGGCAAGUCAGUCAUUGCUACCAUCGAAGCGCAGGACAAGAUCGCAGCCUGGGCCCGAUUGUGGUGUGCAGUCACCGCUCCAGCUGAAGCUGCGAGUGCGGGCCCGACUUGCCUGACGAAGGUGUUUGCUUCCCUUGCCGACAAAAGCGCAAAGGAGGUUCGAGACGACACGGAGAAAGAGGGCGACAAAGAGAAAGAGGGCGACAAGGAGACAGAGGGCGACAAGGAGAAAGAGGGCGACAAGGAGGAAGAGGGCGACGAGUCGGGCAUGUUAGCUACUGAUCCGAGGGGCCUCAUGACCGUCUUGACGAUGGGGGACAGUCUGGGGUUGUUCGAGGAAGAUGACGAGGAAGUAGAUGAGAUCGAUGUUCAGUACGAGGAUCAGUAG